AUGGAGAGAAUUAGUCAAGAGUCAGCACUCUUUGAAAAAUCCCUAGAUAGGGUUAACAAAGUCCUACGUAUACUAGGCAUGUCCCUAGAUGAAAAAGACUUGGAUAGAUCUUACGGGGAAAUAUUGCGGCACCGUUUGUUCUUCUGUUUCAAUUGCCUUUGGUUUAACAACGAUGUGAUUCUUGAGGUCGCUUGGUUGAUAGACAGUCUGCUCAUUGGCAGAAGUGUUAUAGAGAUUACUUACUUUUUGCCAUGUCUUACUCUGUGUAUACUUGGGGACUUAAAGACAUUUUAUUUUAUAAAGCACGGGAACGAAGUUAAUGACUUGGUUAAAACUUUGAGGAAAUUGCAGGCAGUUUCUGAUAAAGUUCGAGUUUUUCGAGAUGAAGUAGAAGAAGAAAUGAUAAAACAAAUGCCAAAACUUAAUUUUGCUACUUAUUCACUCUGGUGUUCCAACGCCUUUGGCUUGAUAACAUUUGCAGUAGGCCCAUUUGUGUUAACAGCCAUGGAAUAUCAAGAAACAGGGGUAAUCAAAUUGGGACUACCAUUUCUUGUGUGGUAUCCAUUCGAUCCUUCCGAUAUUCGGAUUUGGCCAUUUACCUAUAUUCAUCAGCUUUGGUCAGCUGUAAAUGCCAUCUUUACGGUCAUUGGACCCGAUAACUAUUUUUCAAUGAGUUGUACAUUCAUACAUGUGCAGUUUCUGAAAUUGCAAUACGAUAUAGAGAGGAUAACGACGAGUAAAGCAGACCCUAAAAAUAAAACAAAGGACAAAUUAUUUUCUGCCCAGAUUUUGCAGAUUAUAGAGAGGCACAAGGAGUUAAUACGGUGUGUUCAGUUGCUAGAAACUAUUUAUAGUAAAUCCACUUUAUUUAACGUGGCAACCAGUUCACUUUUGAUCUGUAUCAGUGGAUUCAAUGUCACGACUAUCGACAACUACAUUUUGAUGGUGCCAUUCUUUGGAUUUCUCUCGAUGGGCCUAUUUCAGAUAUACGUGUUAUGUUACUACGGUGAUCUGUUAAUGCAGUCCAGCUUGGAUAUUGGAGAUGCUAUAUAUAAAUCUCAGUGGUAUGUCGCCAAUGCGUCGGAUAUGAAGGACAUGCUGUUCAUUUCAAUGAGAUCUCGAAGACCGUGUAAACUGACUGCUUAUGGUUUUGCCGAAAUCAAUUUACACACCUAUUACAGGAUAAUGGGCACCGCAUGGUCGUAUUUUGCCCUGCUGAAAACAGUUUACAAGUGA